CUCUCUUCAUUCACUGUUGUUCACCUUAAGUGAGCAGACCUAGGCCAACAUUGACCAUGAGCUUCUAAUUCAUUUUGCGAUUUGCGCGAUAAGUCUAGCAAUGAAUUGCUCGUUUGGUAAAGUACGCUAAUAUCGUUUACACACAUUUUGUGAAAGUCAUCAUACGUAGUGAGUCUAUUUUGAAAUGCUGCGGCUUUUUAUUCACUUUAGCGCUUGUAAUCUCGCAUGUAGGAUGACAGAACACAAUAUUUUGUGUGAUUUUUAUGUGUGAUCAGUGUCCAUCGGUCCUGGAUUAUUUCUAGUGGAAAACAUGGUUUUUAUGAAGACGAAUGUCCCACCAGGUUUAGGGGACUCAUCACUGUGCUGGUCGUAAUCCGGAAAAAUUGCAGACCGAACUGCUAUUUACGUGUGAUCUGUGUCGCACACAUUGGAUUUUUCAAUGGAAUAAUGUUUUUCUUGAAUAGGAAUUGGCCACAAUUGGAAGUCAUGGAUGGAGACGACGAUUCCACAUGCUACAACAAUCCCCGAUAUGCGACUGAAUGUUCGCGGAAUAUGAGUAGCCAAAGUAGUCCUAAUUGCGAACAAGUCGACAUGUCCUUUAUGAUGAUUGACUAUCUCAAGGAUGUGAUGAAGGCAAUGGACAUGAUGAGGAGCCAUCAGAUGCUCACGGACGUUACUUUGGAAGUGGGGGCCGAACAUUACAAUGCCCAUCGAGUCGUACUAGCGGCAGCUAGCCCAUACUUCAAGGCAAUGUUCACAGGAGGAUUAAAGGAAUGCGAAAUGUCCAGAGUAAAAUUGCAAGGAAUAUCGCCGACGGCGAUGCAUAAAUUGAUUAGUUUUAUGUACACUGGACGCAUAAGAGUCACAGAAAAUACUGUUUGUCAACUACUGGCCGCUGCCACCAUGCUACAAGUGCCCAAUGUGAUUCAAGCCUGUUGCGAUUUUCUGGAACGCCAAUUGGACCCGAGCAAUGCGAUUGGAAUAGCCCAUUUUGCCGAACAACACGGUUGUCUGGAACUAUCCAAGAAAGCCAACCAAUACAUUGAAAGGCGAUUUAUUCAAAUCUGCCGCGAAGAGGAGUUUCUUCAGUUAAGUGCCAAUCAGCUCAUCCAGCUGAUCAGGAAAGACGAGCUCAAUGUGCAGGACGAAAAGGAGGUUUACAACGCGGUGCUCAAAUGGAUCAAAUACGACGAAGACACCCGCAAUCGGAAAAUGGAGGACAUUUUGUCCGCCGUACGGUGCCAGUUUUUGCCGCCAAAGUUCUUAAACGACCAGAUCCAGAAGUGCGAUGUGAUCAAGAAGACUCCGGCCUGCAAGGAGUAUUUAACUAAAAUAUUCAAGGAUUUAACACUACACGUUCGCACUGCCGUCAAAGAAAGAACUCCCAAUAUUCCGAGAGUGAUUUAUGUUGCCGGCGGCUAUUUCAAGCAGUCCUUGGAUAUUCUAGAAGGCUUCAAUAUUGAUGAUAAAACCUGGAUCAAGUUGGAUAGGCUGAUUGUUCCACGGUCGGGCUUAGGUUGCGCGUUCCUCAAGGGACACUUUUAUGCAGUAGGCGGCCGGAACAACACGCCAGGAAACAGCUACGAUUCAGAUUGGGUGGAUCGAUACAACCCGAUACUGGACGAAUGGAUGCCUUGCCAUCCCAUGUCCUGUCCACGAAACCGUGUGGGAGUCGCCGUUAUGGAUGGCUUACUAUACGCGGUGGGCGGCGGCGAAUGCACAAAAUAUCACAAUUCUGUUGAAUGUUACGAUCCUGAAAUGGACAAAUGGACUGUAGUAAAACCGAUGCACUAUGCCAGAUUGGCUGUAGGCGUAGCCGUCGUAAAUAGAUUACUGUAUGCGAUUGGAGGAUUUGAUGGUACAAUUCGGCACUGUUCAGUGGAGUGUUACCAUCCGGAGAAUGAUGAAUGGACCAUGAUUCCCCCAAUGUACACCGAGAGGAGCGGCGCAGGUGUCUGCGCCAUGGACAAGUACAUUUACGUGAUAGGAGGCUACAACGGGUUGCAGCUGAACACUGUUGAGAGGUACGACACUGAGAAGCAAGUGUGGGACUUUGUGUCUAGUAUGAAAAUCCAAAGGAGUGCGCUCAGUGUGACUGUGUUAGAUGGACGCAUUUAUGCCAUGGGCGGGUAUGAUGGGCAGGAGUUUCUUCAAGACGUGGAAAUAUACGAUCCAACGACAGAUACGUGGACGGAAGGAAUACCUUUGCCUUCAGGUCGUUCAGGGCACGCUAGUGCCGUGUGCUAUGGAAGCAAUUGUAAUACUCAGGAAAGAGGGCUCCUGAUGGAAACAGAGCCUAGUUUAGCUGUUGGCGCGCCAUCUUCUUGUUCACCUUCAACGUCUUAUUACAAGUAGCUGGUCAGUAGCUGGACAUAGACUGAGUUGUGGUGCACUUUAUACCAUCACAAAUCGUGAAUUGUACAAUCUUUACCUAAGCGAAAUUUGACAAUCGUAAAUGAUAUGUGCUUUAGGGUUAGCUAGAUUUUAGCACUGACUAUGGGAAAAUAGGGCUGUGAUCAAGAAAUAAGGAAAGUGAGGAAUUGAGUGGGCCAGUUUGCGCUGGGCUUUAGGUAGGUUUCGAAAUAGUUUUCCCAUUCUUGAAAUGCAUUUAUUUUUUCCAUCUCGAACUUAAUCAAUACGGGCUGAGUACCCCCUUCUAUUCCAGAUAUUCUAGUACAAGAAUGUAAACUUGCUAACGAUUAGUUAUUAUGCAGAACAUUCCAAAAUACCUUGUGAAAAUCCGAUUUUGCUUGAUCAUUAACAUACAUAUGUUGACUGAUAAACCUUAUUUAUAUUAUGGUAUUGGGCGUCAUUAUAUUUGGGUCUCCCUUAGUAGAGGCGCCUUAAUGUAUGUUACUUUGUACGUGCCAUUGUGUAGUUUAUUCAGUGUAUUCGAAGAAUACACUAGUGGAAAUUCAGAUUUAAUAUUAAUUUGCCUCCCACUCGCGCGGGUCGCGAAUGAUGAUCUGGCGCUUUACGCAUUUGUAUUAUUGUUUUAUAUGCAAAUUCUUCUAAGACUCACGUUGCAUUUGGCUUCUAUAGGUUUUCUUGCGUUUAUGCUGAGGAAAGUUACAAAGUUCUAUCAAAUAUUCCUAGUCCUUUACUCUCCUAUCUCGUGUACUUCCACAGCACGAGGACACAAAAAAAGUGAGGAAGCAGGUGUGUACACACUGAAAAAAAUCCAAUCAAACGAGAUUUUUUUCUAAUAGAGUGUGUGUUGAUCAAGGUUAUAUGGUUUAAUUUUAUAUCCCCUUGAUGAAUACACACUCCAUUACAAAAAAAAUCUCGUUUGAUUGGAUAUUAUAAAAGGGCCUACUUUUGAAACGCUUAAGUUAUUGAAGUGUAAGUAGCUUAACAUUGUACAUAUAUACUUAGAGAAUAUGAAUGGUAUAUUUUUAAUACAUGCCUAGCAAAUGUUUUAUAAUAAAAUACCGUAUUUUGUA